AUGGCCUUGUUGCGCGAGACGAUUGAAAAGUACCCAUACGUUGCCAUGGACACCGAGUUCCCCGGUAUCGUCGCAAGGCCAAUAGGCACAUUUAAAGGCUCAUCAGACUACCAUUAUCAGACGCUGCGCUGCAAUGUCGAUCUGCUCAAACUCAUCCAGCUCGGCAUCACGCUCUGCGACGAGAACGGCAACCUGCCACCCGACGUCUGCACAUGGCAGUUCAACUUCCGCUUCAGCAUCAACGACGACAUGUGUGCGCCAGACUCGCUGGACCUGCUCACAAAAGCCGGACUCGAUUUCGACCGACACGAAAGGAUGGGGAUCGACGUCGAACACUUUGGCGAGUUGCUCAUCACUUCAGGGCUGGCGCUGUUCGACGAUGUCAAGUGGGUUUCGUUCCACAGCGGGUACGACUUUGGCUACUUGCUCAAAGUGGUGACGUGCAAUGCGCUGCCCGCGCAGGAAGCCGACUUUUUUGCGCUGCUGCGAGUGUGGUUCCCGUGCAUCUACGAUAUCAAGUUCCUCAUGAGGAGCUGCAAGACGCUCAAGGGCGGGUUGCAGGAUGUCGCCGACGACCUGCAGGUAAGCCGCAUCGGUCAGCAGCACCAGGCAGGGAGCGACAGCCUCUUGACGGCGACGACAUUCUUCAAGAUGCGACAGAAAUACUUUGACGGCUCGAUCGACGAUUCCAAGUAUCUCGGCUGUCUGUAUGGGUUCUCUUCGAGCUCAUCGCACGUCAACGGCAUGGUGCACUACAACCAAGGUCGGCCCGUGUCUGUGCAAAGCUUCCACGAUGGCUCGGCCAUCCCGCGAUCAGUGUCGGGUGGCUACGCUGCGGGAGGCUACGGCUCGAACUUUGGCAGUCCCUUCAAAUCUAGUCUGACCGCUUCGACCGAGCGAUAA